CCCACCAUCUAGCAGAGACUAGCCCUGAAGCAGUAAAAGCAGCACAGACAGUUACACCACAACAGCAGAGAGUCUCAUGAUCUUUCUGUUAACUGAAAGCAGAACCUUGAGUCUGGCGCAUGGUUGCACUGCUAUAUUCCUUUCAGACUUACUGAAACUUUUGCAUGCAGACGAUUUUGUCAGAAAACAAUGCUUUUGGAUCUGUAACAACAUGGGAGAGAGCUUUUCACCAGUUUGUUUGCUGCUGCAGAAAUCUUUGUGACUAUUUCAAAAAGCAGCAUAAAUAUUUGGAAACUUUUCAUCUGACUCUGAAACUUCACUGCAACACGCACACAGGAAAAGGAAUCAGUUGUGGGACGCAACAGUGUGCAAAGUGAUUGUCUACAUUACAACAGUGACGACUCUUCAAAAACACUUCGAUUCAGUAUUUCAUUGGCCAAAAAGCAUUUGAGAGCUCUGAAGUUCUGAAAGACCGUGUAUAAUUGGAAGCUCUCUUCUUGCAGAAUUAUCUCUUCAGAGACGAAAUUUCCUCUCAGCUUUCUCCUAGUCAACAUGAAUCCAUUCACCUGGACUUUGUGUCUGUUGUUAGUUAGUCUCAUAUCUGCAGGAGGCAAGAGGGAACAACUUAAAGCUGGAAGCAACCUCGCAGUACAUUCUGUUGUUCAUAACCGCUACAGACGUUCACCUAAUAGCAGCAACAAAUGUUCCUACACGUUCUUGGUCCCAGAUCAAAGGAUAACUGGUCCAAUCUGUGUCAGUUCAAAGGGGCCAGAAAGAGAUUAUAACGGAAUAACUAGAAUGGAUGUAGAGGACUUAAAAGACAUUAUGUCCAAGCAGAAACGGCAAAUUGAAAACCUUCAACUCUUAGUGGAGGUGGAUGGUGGCAUUGUGAAUGAGGUAAAACUGCUACGAAAGGAGAGUCGGAAUAUGAAUUCACGUGUAACACAGCUUUAUAUGCAGCUCCUACACGAGAUUAUUCGUAAAAGGGACAACUCACUGGAAAUUUCACAGCUGGAGAACAAAGUUCUUAAUUCCACAGCUGAAAUUCUGCGAAUGGCCACCAAGUAUAGACAACUGGAACAGAAGUAUGCAGUGUUGUCUGCUCUUGUUAAUAAUCAGUCUGUGAUCAUAACCAAACUGGAGCAGGAAUGCAUUCGUAGCCUUACUCCAAGAGAAUAUGAGCCACCACCCCUUGUACAAGUCGUACCACAAUCCAUACCUCGUAGCAGGCAAUACCAGAGCAAUUUGUUUGGCAGUAAUGAAAUACAGAGAGAUCAAAAUCCUGCAUUUACACGAGAACGGGGGCUUCGCUCCAGAGCACCCUUGCAUGAACCUUCUCCUACAACUACCAGUACUUUGGAAUCAUCAGUUACUGAAGAGCCCGAUGGUCCAUGGAAGGACUGCCACCAUGUCCGGCAGGCUGGAUAUGCAAACAGUGGCAUGUACUUAAUCAAACCAGAAGGCACAGAGAAACUAAUCCAAGUCUGGUGUGACCAUAGCCAUGAUCAGGGGGGAUGGACAGUCAUCCAGCGUAGAGUCGAUGGGGCGGUCAACUUCUUCAGGAACUGGGAUAACUACAAGAGAGGGUUUGGCAACAUCGAUGGUGAGCACUGGCUUGGACUAGAGAAUAUUUACAGGUUGACUGCACAGGGAAACUACAAGCUAUACAUUAAACUGGAAGACUGGAACGAUAAGAUAGUCUAUGCUGAGUACACUGCCUUCAGAACGGAGGAUGAAGAUGAUAACUAUAGGUUACGCAUUGGCAGCUAUCAAGGGAAUGCAGGAGACUCUCUAGCAUGGCACAAUGGCAAACAAUUUACAACACUCGACAGAGACAGAGAUUCAUACUCAGGUAACUGUGCUCACUUCCAUAAAGGUGGUUGGUGGUACAAUGCCUGCGCACACUGUAAUUUGAAUGGAGUAUGGUAUCGUGGAGGUCACUAUCGCAGCAAGUAUCAGGAUGGACUUUACUGGGCUGAAUUUCGAGGAGGUUCCUACUCUCUUAAAAGCGUAGUAAUGAUGGUCAAACCUGAAUAACACACUGCUGAACCAAGAUUCCCAAAGUAUUAUGGAACCUACAAGGACAACACUUGUAUCAUUUGAAGAAUGUACAACUACUGUAUAUCAACAACUCGUACAACAAUACGUAAACAUUUACAAAAGCAUUUCACUAAAUCAGAUUAUACAUCUACUACAUUUACAAGAAGGCGCAAUAAAGAACCUGUUAAACUUAACAACUACAUUAUUUGUCCAAACUAAGCUUCGCUAAAUUUCAACUAUAAAUCAAUGAUAAUGUACCACUACUUAUUUCAUUUGAAUUUACUGAUAGCACAUUAGUUCCGUAAAACCAUCCUUUCGUGCUUGCAGUCAGGCACAAUCGGACACAAUUUAAUAUCCAGUGAAUUAUUGUCUGUUUAUUGCAAAACUAUUGAUUGCUGUUCAGUGAACUAUUCAAAGACACAGAUGUUUCUACUUGAGGGGGUAUCCAAAACCAGAUAUCAUAAUUAUAUGACAGUAUGGAAUAAAUCCAGUAUGGAAUUCACCAGACAUGUCUUAAAAUGUGAAAGCUCCACCACUAGAAGAGACUAGAGUUGUUAACAAGCACAAUAAAGGGGAAGCUAGAUAAGAUACAAGAAGAAAUAAAUAGAAGGAUAUGCUUAUGAAGUAGAUGGUAGUGCAAGAGGACACUUGCGUGGAACCCAGGCACUGUUAGAGAUAAAUGAGCUGAAAGGCUACAUUUCCUACUCUAAAUUCUAGAAAAUACCAUGCACAUUUAAAUGGUGAAGGGUUAUCAUUUAAAAGAGAAGAAAUUUAGAAUAUAUUUAGAUCUGUUCAAGCGCAACAAUUAAAUUCAGUUAACUUGCUCUAAUGUAGACGAUAUGACCAAUUAUAAGAGAGGAUAAUACAAACAGAACUGGGUUGCAGAAUUUCAAGAAUGGGUUCUGGUCAAGUCUGGUUGCUUAAAUAUGACACUUGGGGGUAAAAACAACAGGUGUAAAUACAAGAUUAAUAUGAACUCAUGAAAAUACACAAUCUUAAGUUUUCAGCAAAAAUAUCUGCUUUUCUCAUUUACUUAAUUCAAACCCAAAGGAUAAGGACAAACCAUGAACAUCUGAUGUUUCAAUUUCCAACUCUGUAACUUGUUAAUAUCUUAAUUUUUCAUUACAUCCUUACUUUUCUUUUACACAACAUAUUUAUAUAUUAUUUUUCCUCUCCAAAAAACACGAUGUCAACUCCAAAAUUGACAAGAUUGCACCAAACUCCUUGUUUGAAUCACUCUAACUGGGUCACCAACCCUCCACAUUCCAGUUCCUUUCAUUGACUGUCUCCACUACCCUUAAAUACAAUGAGUUCCAGAUCACUACUUUCUACCUGAACCCAUUUUUUAUGUCCUCCAUGUCUUUUGCCGAUUUUGACUCCAUGUUGUUUGCUCUGAUGGGAACGUCUUCCCUCUAUUUAGCCGAUCUAAACCCGCCAUGAUCUUGUAGACUGCUAUUAAAUCUUCUCUCAACCUUCCUCAUUCUGAGGAGAACAAUCCCUUCUUCUUUAAUCUAACACUGCAUUUGAUAUAUCCCAAAACUGGAUCAAUUCUAGUAAAUUUCUUCUGUACCUCUCAGAUCUCCUGAUCCUUCAUUACGGUGCAGUGAUCAAAAUUGGAUCCAAUAUUUCA